AUGGAAAAAAGUAGAUCAAUAUCCUUUGACAACCUAUCACAAGAUUUUAUUGAAAAGAUGAAGGACGCGUUCCAAGUGAUAGAUGAAAAUGGUGAUGGCUCUAUUACAGAAUCUGAUUUAAAGAAAGUUUACAAUGACCUCGGGAAGAAAGUGGAUGACAAAUUUUUAAGUAACAUGUUAAAAGAUGGGCCUCUGUCAUUUCCUGAAUUUUUAACGAUGAUGGGCAAGAAGACCUCAUCAUUUGCUAGUAAGACAGAACUUGUAGAAUGCUUUAAAGCUUUUAUGCCAGAUGAUGGUAGAACUACUAUUGACCAAGAAGAGCUUAUACAGUAUUUAAAAUUUGCAGGGAUUGAGGAUCCUUCAACCCAAUUUGCUGACAUUUUUAAUAAUUUUACUUCAUAUUCUCAAACAGAACAAAAAACUGUUUUUCAUUCGCAACAUUUUAUCGAUAGUAUUACUGAAUAA